AUGUCUACCGACAACACACAUUUCCGCAUCGCGACUGAAGAUGACACCAUGGUCAUCAGACAGCUGAUAGAAUCAGCCUUCCGCGCCGAAGACAGCAGACAGGGAUGGGUCGGGAAUUCGGAUCUCGCGUCACGAUUUUCCAUGGAAGACAAGGCCGUUGCGAGCAUUAUCACCAACCCCGACAGUACUUUCCUGAUGGCUAGCGACGCGAACGGCAAAUUAUUGGGGACGAUUGGAGUUUCCAAGCGUGCUCCAGACAGCGCUCGUCUUUUUAUGCUCGCGGUAGACCCUCAAUGCCAUCGGGGUGGAAUUGGAAAGCAGAUUCUUACCUACGCCGAGGACUACUGCCAACGCGAGUGGGGCCCUAAAACGCUGAGACUUAAUGCUCUUUCGAACCGGGAGAGUCUUAUAUCGUGGUAUAUGCGUCGCGGCUUCCGAAAGACGGGGGAGACUACCCCGUUUCCUCUCGAGGAGUUCAAAGACCUGAACUUACCCGAUGACCUGCACUUUGUCGAGUUUGAGAAAGCCCUGGGCACGACUGGUGAUGAAAAUCCAGCCAUGUAG